AUUCUUGCCGUUGCUCUUCUGGAGAUCACUUUUCUCCUUGUGGAGAAAUCUGCAGAGUGUACUGGCUUAUUUGUCAUAAUUAUGAUGGAAGGAACAAAGACCGUAAAGAGUGAGGUGUCUUGACCGUGUUUUCUGUGAACAACGAAAGGAGAAGGAGGAGCGAAGGAAUGGUGGUGCGUAAAAUGGCAUUCUGGCACAAACAGUUAGACUUUUCUUUACUAAUUACUUUUACGGUGAUUCAGGCGCAUUACUUAAUUUUAUCAAGCAGAUUACAACACCCUGAGGGCAUUGGGCUGUGUAUGGUGUCUGUUGAUCAUUUCAAGCUGCCAAACAUAAUGUCGCUGUGCAUGUCUGGUCUACCAAACAAAUGGCUUCGUGGACAGUUGGCAUAUCAGCUGAACAUAUCUGGUCAAUUUUAUGCUUCCGGGCAUAUUCAAGUCAUGUAUUUCUCGCCAGGGAGUUGGACAGUCCGCUUGAUGAUCAUAUCCACAUUUUAUCAUAGCCUAAAUUUAAAGAAGACGAGUCCCUUGCUAUUGAAGCCACAUGCCCCAAUACAUCUUAUCUUAUGAAGCACACUUGUCCCCCUUCAAGCAUAACAUGGAACUUUAACAUGGUUGAGUAUUAUCGGCAAUUACUCAGAAAAUACGUAGUCAUCAAGGGACAAUAAUAAAUAAUGCUGUUACUACUACAUUUCACGAUAAAGAGCUAAAAAAAGAUGUGUAUGCUUUAUUGAUUCACGAUUAAAUUGCGAUUUGAAGGAAUGCCUUAAAAAGAU